CGGCGGCAACCAUGGCAGGUCAAGAGGAUCCAGUGCAGCGGGAGAUUCACCAGGACUGGGCGAACCGAGAAUACAUUGAGGUCAUCACCAGCAGCAUCAAGAAAAUCGCGGACUUUCUCAACUCAUUCGAUAUGUCUUGUCGUUCAAGACUUGCAACACUAAACGAAAAAUUGACAGCCCUCGAACGGAGAAUAGAGUACAUUGAAGCGCGGGUGACAAAAGGUGAGACCCUCACCUAGAGCUAUGCCAUGCUGCUGCUGGGAAGUUGCUUCAUGGAACACAGGCCGAUGUGGGAAAGGCCCCAGCAGCCUCAGCUCCUUCCUCUCUCCUUAAAGAGCAACAGGGCUUAUUCUUGUU